CAGCAUAAGCAUCAGCAUCAGCGCCCUCCCGCAGUAGCAGUAGCAGUAGCAGAUUCUGCGGUAAUCUUGCACCAGUUUAAGAGGCGUCUUGUGGCGUGUGGUUUGUGCAGCAUAGACAUCAUAGGAGGUGGAGACCUCUGACGAGGAAAACUUUCUUCAUUUCAACGCGAGUCAAAGUCGUGUCGUGUCGUGAUCCGCUGCCGCCGUCGCAUAGCUGGUAGUGAACUUGAGAGUGUCUCAAACAGCAGCCACUACAACAACAGUUGCUACUAUUUCAAUUGUUAACGAGCGAAAGCGCCGUAGUCACGCACACGUCGUUGGAUCAGUAGCAGCAGAGCCAGCAGCCAAAGCCAGAGCCAGAGCCAGACAGCAGCAGCAGCAGCAGGAAAGUGCAGUCGACAGUGAAAAUGUACCAGCCCCAGAGACAGACAAGGCCCCAGGCCCAAAGCCAGAGCCAGGCCCAUAGCCAGAGCCAGCUCUAUCCCCAGUUAAGGCUUAAGCGCCAGCUGUUUGGCGCACUGCUGGCCAUGUUAAUGUUGGCGGCAUCCACCACUAAUGGCGCCGUCACGGACUCCCCCAUUAAGAUCAUCAAGCUGCCUGCCCAGGCGCCUGUCAUACGAUACCGCAGUGCCGAUGCCUCGCCAGAUUCGCUGCUAAUCAACUACCGCCAGGAUGCCCAGCCGGAACUGUCGUCCACCCUGAUGCAGGCCCCAGGAGCAGCAGCGGCCGCCCUCGAGAGUCUGCUGCGCGAGGAGACCGAACAGCAGCAGCAGGCGCAGAUGGGCAGGCAGAACCGGGCCAGUAGCUCGUCCAACAGCUGUCCGAGAUCGUGUCCGCCCAGUCUGACGGUUGGAGCCGAGCCGGUGUGCGGCAGCGAUGGCCUGAUCUACGCGAAUCUCUGCGAGCUGCGGAAGAAGACGUGCGCCCGCAAUGGUGUGUCGCUGGUGAAGGACGUGCGGGAUGGCUGUGAGCGGUCCAAGGGCUCCGAGUGCAAGCACCGCUGCAGCACGGAGAAGGAUCCUGUAUGUGGAACCGACGGGCGCACCUAUCUCAAUCGCUGCAUGCUGCGGGUGCAGUCCUGCCGUGUGGGCCUGGCUGCCGUGAAGCUCUCGCAUGUGGGUCCUUGCAGCAACACGAGCGCCAUCCGGGAAUCCUGUCCCGUGGACUGCAACAGCGCCCCCAAGGACGGACCCAUCUGUGCUUCCGACGGCAACGUGUACAACUCCACCUGCGAGAUGAAGCUGCAUACGUGCGGUCAGGGCGUGGUGAAGACUAGUCGCAAGCACUGCCAGUCGACGAGGAUGUGCCGCGAGUCCUGCUGGCGCGUGGCCAGGCCCACUUGCGGCUCCGACGGACGCCUCUAUGCCAGCCCCUGCAAGAUGCGCUCCUCCAACUGCGGGAAGCACGUGUUCGAGGUGCCCCUCUCGUUCUGCAUGCCCCAGGAGCGGCACGGCAGUGCUGCGGACGCCUGUCCCACCGAGUGUCCCAAGGCCGAGGCAGAUUCCCCCUCCCAGUAUGUGUGUGGCAGCGAUGGCAACAUCUACUCGUCCCUGUGCGAGCUCAAGAUGCUCAACUGCGGACCACAGCGCAAGUCCAUUCAGAAGAUGAGCAUGGACAAGUGCAAGAACCGGCUGAUUCGCUGCAAGCAGCUGCCGCCCUGCAAGGACUUCAACAAUCUGUUUGGCUCCAUCUUCAGCUCGAGGCGGAACGACAAGCUAUGCGGGACAGACGCCAAGACCUACAACAACGAAUGCGAGCUGGCCCAUGCCACCUGCCUACGCGGCGUUAACCUGGCCCACAUUGGUCCCUGCACGGAUCUGAACACGCCUAGCAAGGAUUGCGGAGACGCCUGCACCCGCGCGGACCUCGAACAGCAGCCGGUGUGCGGCUCCGAUGGCAACACCUUUGCCUCGAUGUGCGAGUUCAAGCGGCGCACCUGCAACCUCCGCGUGGUGGCCGUUUCCUUGAAGAACUGCGCCCUGACCGCCGACUGUGACUCGGACUGCGAUGCCCAGCCCCCGAAUUUCGUGUGCGGAUCGGACAACAAGUUCUACAAGUCAGAGUGUCACAUGCGGAAGGAGAACUGCGGCAAGCAUGUGUUUGUGGUACCCCUCAAGCGCUGCCUGGCUGCCUUCCAGUUCAAGGGAUGUGCCCGCAUUUGUCCCAGGGAAUUCGAGCCCGUCUGCGGCAGCGACAACAAGACAUAUCUGAACGACUGCUUCCUGGACAUUGAGAAUUGUCGCACCAAUAGCACGGUGGAUGUGCAUCACUAUGGCGCCUGUGGACGCCCCGAGGCGCCCUCCACUAACUUCCUCUAUUAAGGGGAGCAUCGUGGCGCCUUCUUUUCACUUGGCAUUUAAUAUUUGUAGGCUAUAGUCUUGUAUUGUAUUUUUUUUUAAAGCGAUAUUUAUUGAGUUUUGAAUUAAACCCCCGAACGAA